AUGGCUCGAUUAACGCAUCGCCAUAGGCGCGGCGCGUCUGGAUCUUUAACAACCUCACCAUUAAAGUCACCCCUAAAGAUCCCGUUGAAUGACGAUGUACAAGAGAAGGCUAAGAGGCUACAGUCGCGGUAUGCAAUGCAAGAUAUCCAAAUGAAUCAGAUAAAAGCGGCAGCAAGCCCUAUUCGAAAGCAUGCAAAUUUGGAACAAGCUAUCUCUUCCCCUCCAAGGACCAAACCUAAAACGCCUCGAAGAUCCAGUGAUGAAAAGGAUCCUGAUGAUGAACUAUUUAAAGUUGUAGGAAAUGCAGUAACACCCAUGAAGCGCGUUCCAAUCCUGGCUAAUUUCGAAGAAUGGAUGAAGAUGGCUACUGACAACAAGAUUAACGCCACCAACUCAUGGAACUUCGCAUUAAUUGACUACUUCCAUGACCUUUCACUUUUGAAAGAAGGAGACGGUGUGAAUUUUCAAAAAGCAAGCUGUACACUUGACGGAUGUGUCAAAAUCUACACUAGCAGAGUUGAUAGUGUUGCUACUGAAACUGGAAAGCUACUAAGCGGGCUAGCUGAUAGUUCAAAGUUGAAGAAGAAAAAUAUUGAAAGUUUAGAUGGCGAAGAGAGCAAUGACGACAUUGAAGACGACGACGGUGGAGCCAGAAAGCGGUCAAAAAAACGAGCACAACGAUCUUCUGACGUUACUCUUGCAACAUCAUUCGCCUCACUUCAACUAGUCAAAGUCGAACUCGAAUUUUCUGUAGAUCCGCUUUUCAAGAAGGCAUCUGCUGACUUCGAUGAAGGCGGUGCUAAAGGCCUCCUCCUUAAUCACUUGUCAAUUGAUGGCAAAGGACGUGUCGUUUUUGAUAGUAGCGACGAUGCGGAGGAUAUAACUUCAGCUAGUUCAGCCAACGAUACUGGAAGUAACGGCCCCGACGUGAAUGAAGAAUCUCAAUGCCAUUCAAUAUCUAAGACUCUAUGCUGCGAUGGAAAAUCUGAAGGAGAUGAUGAUAUCGAUAUUUUAUCGCUCGGAGCUCGUUUUUUCCCCAACUUGAAAACUCUAGAUGAUCAAGAUAUAUGUCCUUCACUGAAAAACUACCUGCUUAGCGAUUUUUCUAGCCUUAUGAAUAUUCCAAACCUGAAAGCGCCUGAAGAUUGGCGUCAGGAUAAAGAUAGUCUGGCUACUAACGAAGGAACUAAUAAUCAAUCAGAUUUGAUAGAUGAAAAUCAAAAUAAAGUUAGUGACGAUGAUGAUGAUGAUGGGCUAAUUCAGGGAGUUGAUGUAAUGAACAGUAUUGGAUUUGGUGAGGGUGGAGAAGCUUGGGCUCGUGACACAUUUAUUUCAACAAGUGGUGGAGACCAUGAAGCUGAUGAUAGGGAUGAUGCCGUUAUAGAAAAUUAUCCUUCCCUAAAAGAUCAGAGUAGAAACAUGCGGCAACACGACUAUCACGAAAUCUUCAACUACUUUGAUGGUGCACUACACAAAAGUUGGGCCGGACCUGAGCAUUGGAGGAUUCGAAAAAUAAAAGAUAACAUGAAACCAACGACAGUCAGGGCUCGAAAAGAAAAAGAACCCUUUUUGAUUGAGUUUUCUACAUUAGUUAACGGUAAGAUAGACGAUGCUCUCUAUGUUCAGGCAUCUUCAACCAGUGCAAUUUCCCUCCCUAAGAAAGAAUGGAAGUCCAAGAGCAAAAAUCUAUUGCCCGAUGACAAGCAUUUUAACUCAAAGCAGCUUUUACGGCUUUUCCUUAAGCCAAAUGCGCAUAUCAGACUUGGUGGCAAAGGCUUCCAUUGCAAUCAAGCGGUGGGUGCAUUCCGAGCCCCAGAAGAUGGAUCUUCAAUUGGUAACAUGGACGAAGCCUUCUGGGCUCAAAAAAAUGAGGCUGUUGAAGAUGAUUCCACAACUCGCGGUAACUAUGACGCUGAGUUUUUCCAAGAUGACGGAUUAUCAUCACCGGUCCAAAUGGAUGAUACAGAUUUUGCCAAUAUUACAGAGAAUUUAUCAUCCGAAACAGGUAAAGUGAUUGAUAGAGUGGAAGGCGAGCGGUCGGACAACCUAUCAGGUGCUUUAGCUUCAGCCGGAACUGCGGGUGAAAAUGAAGCAUUCAGUAAUCAAAUCGUCGUGCAAAGUCGGCGCUCAAGACCCGAAUACGUUCAGUUUGCCCGCGUUGCUAAAAAGGUAGAUGUUCGAAGACUGAAAGAAGAGCUCUGGAAAGGUAUUGGUUAUGAUAAUGCCGAAAACAAAUUAAAACCGACAGUCGAGGAUGAUCAAAACGGAGGAAUGCAGAGUCUUAAGUUCACUACGAUCAUAAAUAAUCUUCACAAGGUCUAUCCGAAGCAGAUAAUGAACGAUAUUUCUACAAGUUACUGCUUCAUUUGUUUACUACAUUUAGCUAAUGAGAAAGGUCUCAUUAUCUCCGAGCAGCAAGAUUUAACAGAUCUAGAAAUCGCAAAGGAUAGAUCAGCUUGA